CCAAAAAUGUCUCUCAGAAGCUAUAUGUCGCCCACUCAGUCAUUAAAAGAAAGCUAAAUGACUCUAACCUAAGUUCUAGUGCUGUUGUGAAGUUGCUCCAGUCUAGUUUGUCACCGGGUUCCCUUUUUUGCUCGAUUAAAAUGUUCUUUAAGGCGACGCUAAGGUUGUCAUUAUGUUAGCACGAAAAUUAGUUGUAGUCAUACAAAAUUAAAACAAACAAACAAACAAACAAAAAAUAGAAACAAAACAAAUAUAUGAUAAAUACAAGCGAGGAAACGUGUUCCUGAACGCCUCAUAGAUUUAAAAGUCUUGAGCAACUGCAGGUUGAUUUUUUUUUAUUCGGAUGUUAAUAUUGUAUAAUAUUGUAUGCUAGCUAUCUAUCUCACCAUUAAUCAAAAUUUUUGAAUUUGACUCACUGUUCUUCAAAUAACACUGUGGUAAAGCUAAGUUUUUAUUAACACAUUCACUGCCAUUGACAGUAACAGACAUCAAUCGCUUUCAACUAGGGUGGCUGGCAUUGAGAGAUCACGUUUUACUGCCACUGACGGCGAUAGACGUUCAAUCCAAUUUGACGAGGCAGUGUAGCGAUUGAACGAUCCCUCCCAGUCAAAAAAGAUUGGACGUCCAUCGCUGUCAAUGGAAGCCAAUGAAUUUAAUAUGCAUGAUAGGUAUGAUUUUCAAAAUCCGAGGCUCACGUGUACACAGUUUGGAUGCACGGCACACACGUGGAACAGAGAAAGCUAGAUUUGCCAAGUAAUCUGCUAAACAGGAUUAACACUUCUUAACGUCUCGCUCGCCCCACCGGGUGUCAUGGUCAGGUUUGUGUUGUUGACUGAGGAUUAUACUGUAGAAUGUUUUGACAAAGGGAACCUACAGUUUCCUGUAUCGAUUUAUUUGUUAUUUAUUCAUAAAUGGACUUUGUCAGUGUAUUUCAAUUGAAAUUUAAUGGCAAUAUGCAUUAUACCUGGCAUCAGCAUGAACUACGUCGGUCAAUUGGCUGGCCAGGUUCUGGUGACAGUCAAGGAACUGUACAAAGGCAUCAACCAGGCUACACUAUCGGGCUGUAUCGACGUGGUAGUGGUGCGACAGCCCAACGGAUCCUUCCAGUGUUCGCCCUUCCAUGUGCGAUUCGGAAAACUGGGAGUUCUGCGCUCCAGAGAGAAAGUGAUUGACAUAGAAAUAAAUGGAGAACCAGUGGAGCUGCAGAUGAAGCUGGGAGACAACGGUGAGGCUUUUUUUGUCCAGGAAAUGGAACAAUUAGAUGAGACUGUUCCUGCCCAUCUGGCAACUUCUCCCAUCCCCACAGAUGAUGCCAUAAUAAAGAAGCAAGAGCCCGAAUGCAGGCAAAGUCAUCCCCUGAAGGCCCCAGAAGAAGGUUCCAUUGCAGGAGGGAAGAAGAGAAAACGGCGGCGGCGUAAGCACAAGGCCGAGCCCCGAAAAGAGGAGCAGAGCCAGUCAGUAGGAGGCGAACUGGAGCUUCCUGGCCUCAGCUCGGACGAGGAGAUGACUUCACAUAGCAUGUGGGUUUCAUCGAUGACGAAGGACAGCAUAGAUCACUUCCAAAAUUCCCCUGCCACCUGCCUCGAAUGGGACAGCUACCCUUUCUCUGAUGGCGACUGGUCCCCCUACACUGAAAGGGUAAUGUCUGAGCCUGAGCCGGCGUCGCCCAACAGCGACUCGGAAUUGAUGGUGAAGACAACAGAGAGCAUGCUCAGAGCCGACGCCCACAUGCAGUGGAGCUGGGGAGAGUUCCCGGAAUCCACCAGGCAGGUAACCAAAAAGGACCAGUCCUUACCAAAGGUGCUGACAAUCACCCCUUCAGAAAGCACACAUUUCCGGGUCAUCUCCAGCCCGGAGGAGCGAGCCGAGGAUCCCCUAUGCAGCAUUGUGAAACCCCAACCCCAGAAUGUCGAAACGAGAACCUCAGACCUCAGUGAAAAAGCUAUUCGCAAGACAAGAUGGAAAUCUUCUCCGCCUAGCCGCAGGGACUCCAAUACCAAGGCUGCAGAUAUUGCUGUGAAGAGAAAAGGAGGUGUAAGGAAAAGGAGUCAGCAUCAGGGCCCAGAAGAUAUAUACCUAGAUGACCUGAACUUACUUGAACCAGAUGUUGUCGCACUCUACUUCCCCAAGAGCGAGUCAGGGCCGGUUACCAAGCACUGGGCAGAAACAGCUGCGACAGGGGGCACACACUCGGGUUCGCAGUCACCCCAGUCGGUGGGCAGCAGCAGCAGUGGCGGCGGGAGUCUUGGAGAUAGCGGUACCGAGUGUCUUUCUGACUUGGCCGCCGACUUGCCUGACGUUACAUUGUCGCUCUGCGGAGGUGGUGGUGGUGAUGACUCUGAGAUCGACAGCGAAAAAUUCCUGGAGUACAUCAUCAGUUAUCAUGAAUUUGCAGAAAACCCUGCAAUGAUUGAUAAUCCUAAUUUGGUGGUUCGGAUUGGACACAGAUAUUACAACUGGACUCUGGCGGCACCACUCAUACUCAGCAUGCAGGCUUUUCAAAAGAACCUCCCAAAGGCCACAGAAGAAGCCUGGGUGAAGGACAGGAUGCCUAAGAAGUCUGGGAGAUGGUGGUUUUGGAGAAAGAGCAGCGUGAAGCAGUUAUCCACAGAGAGCAAGCUGGAGUUACAGGAGAGUUUGACCGAUGAGAAUCCAGCGCUCAACAAAGGACCUCAACAGAAAACCUCAGAGUGGUCGAGUGACGAUGAAACCAAAGAACUCAAGGCCAUGUUUGCCCCCAGCCCUGCCUACAGGAAGUCCCUGCGCCUGUCGUCCGAGCAAAUCGAGGGUUUGAAGUUGAGGGAUGGCCCCAACGAUGUGACGUUCAGUAUCACUACUCAGUACCAAGGAACGUGUCGCUGCCAGGGAACUAUCUACCUGUGGGACUGGGAUGACCAAGUCGUCAUCUCGGACAUCGAUGGCACUAUUACUAAGUCUGAUGUUUUUGGUCACAUCCUUCCUCAGCUUGGCAAAGACUGGACCCAUGAAGGAAUUGCCAAGCUUUACCACUCUGUGCACCAGAAUGGUUACAAGUUCCUGUACUGUUCUGCACGAGCCAUCGGUAUGGCGGACAUGACACGAGGGUACCUUCAGAGGGUCAACGACGGAGGCACUCUGCUGCCUCGAGGGCCACUUAUGCUAGCACCUAGUAGUCUUUUCUCAGCCUUCCACAGAGAGAUGAUCGAAAAGAAACCUGAGAAAUUUAAGGUGGAAUGCCUCUCAGACAUCAGGAAGCUUUUCACCACCAACAUGAAUCCAUUCUAUGCCGCUUUUGGCAACAGAGAGAGCGACGUGUUAGCUUACCGCCAAGCGGGCAUAUCCGUAUGCCGCAUCUUCACGGUGAACCCCAAAGGCGAGCUAAUUCUAGAGCAGGCUAAAGGGAACAAAACAUCAUACACACGUCUGAGCGAGCUAGUAGAGCACGUCUUCCCUCUGCGUAGCCGACAGCACGCCGCUGCCUUCUGUUGCCCCGACUUUAGCGCCUUCUCGUACUGGAGACAACCUAUUACGCACGCCUGUUUGGAGGACCUGCUUUAACAUCUUGACGAUGUUUUCCUAGUAGGUCAUUUUUUUUAAUUGAUCAUUUUACUUUUAAUUUGAUCAAAUAUAUGACAUACACAAUGUAUCGAAUGACUUCUUUCUGUGAAAGUGACAAUUUUUGUGUGAUGAGAUCUUAGUAUCUGUGUUUGUACGUGAAUAAUGUGAAGUUCAGAAAUGGUUUGGGUGGUGAUUAUGUCAUUUUUUUUUGUGUAAGUUUUAAACAGGGUAUGUGUACUUAGUGUUGUUCACAUGUGUGGAUGGAUGAAUCAGUCCGACAACUCACUGAAGGCUGCUUUAAUAAAAGUACAAAAACGUGUUCACCAAUGUUUUUGUAUAAGUUUUAAUAUAAUUUAUGCAUAAAUGUAGUUCAACGAUGUAUAUAUUUAUAAAGAAUCUUAAAAAUUCUAUAUUUUAUAACCACUGUUAGACUUGCAAUGCCUCGAGUAAGCAAUAGAGGUCGCAGUUGUCCCUGUAAAAACUAAUACAUUACUGUACUAAAACUGGAGCCACGGUAUAACUACUGUACAUCAAAUACUGGUCGUCGACAAGUUUACAAAAUUAUUUUUCUGUAUAUUUAUAAAGCAGAAUCAAUUUUUUAACACUGAUGUUCAAGAAAAGAGUUCAUUUUUAAAAACACCAAUUAAAAAAUACAUAAAAUUCUCAUGGAUAACUUAUUCUGCUUAAAUACUGCUGUGGUUGAAGAGUGCCAAAUAGUGAUGCGUCAUUGUUCUUAGUGUCUUUUAUUGAUCUUGGAGUCUUCUCCAACUCUUGCAUGAACUAUUGUCACAGCUACCGACUAGACGGGUAUAAUAGGACACCGCUAAAGGAUGAACGAACUUGGCCUGUAGCUAGCUUCCCCGCAAUUAACAUCAGCGCCACUUGCUCGCCUCGUUUCAUGGGCACCACUAGGGUGAGUGAGGGGGGGGCGCAAAGGCUGGAACAUGGCUCCGAGACUGCGCCUAUUCUGGAACCGAACAUGUGGAUGACGUGUUGGUCCACCGACAGAGACGCCUCCAAUUUGGUGUCAGGUUGGGCUGCGAGGAUGGCGCUCAGCAAGUAGCGACCAUCCACGGGUGCCGUGAAGAAUCCUGGAAAUACAGAGAUUACUAGUAUUUUGGACCAGUUUUUGUCGUUUUCAGUUGCAGCGAGGCAGCGAGGCUAUGCUGUUGACCGCCUAGGCAGACAGCGCUCAAACAGCAUGGUAAUACACGUGACCCGUUUUUUCCCCCGAUGAGAAAACGUGAGAUGUGAUGUCACUCCCAAACUCAAGAGCAAUAUUUUCUAUUCAAAUGCUCUUCGUACAUGACUACAGUAUUCUUCAUUCUACAUACAUUAUGAGGCAAAAACAAAAUAGUAACGCACGGGCACUAAGGAAACUAACUUUAAUCGGAUUACUGGCUUGGAAAA